UGAGGCCGGGGUGCGGAGGAGCGCGGAGGGGACGACGAUGGGCGGACGGUGGCCGGGCCUCCCGCCGCUGCCGCCGCUGCCGCUGCUGCUGCCGCUGCUGCUGCCGCUGCUGCUGUCCGGGUCCGGGUCCGGGUCCGGGUCCUGGGAGGCUUCGGGGGAGGUUCCGGAGGGUCCGGACGGGCUGUUCGCGGCGGGCGUGGCGGCCUACGCGCGGCGGGACUGGGCGUCGGUGGUGCUGUACAUGGAGCGGGCGCUGCGGGCCCAGGCGGCCCUCCGCGCCCUCCGCCUGCGCUGCCGCGGGGCCUGCGCCGCCCGCCACCCCUGGCCGCCCCCCGACCCGCCCCCCGACGCCCCCGGGACCCCCGAGCCGCCCCCGGCCCUGCGGGACCUCCGCUUCUUCGGGCCGGUCCUGGGCCGCGCCGCCUGCCUCCGCCGCUGCCUGGGCCCCAGCGCCAAACAGCUGCAGCCCCUCGCCGAACAGCUGGACCUCGAGUUCCAGAAGCGCAGCCCCUACAACUACCUGCAGGUCGCUUACUUCAAGAUAAACAAGCUGUCCAGGGCCGUAGCAGCGGCUUAUACCUUCUUCGUGGGGAACCCCGAGCACGUGGAGAUGCGCCAGAAUCUCGACUAUUACCGUACGAUGGCCGGAGUAGAAGAGUCAGACUUCAAGGACCUCGAAGCCAAACCCCAUAUGCACGAAUUCCGGCUGGGUGUGCGGUUCUAUUCGGAGGAGCAGCCCGAGGAAGCCAUUCCCCAUUUGGAGGCGGCGUUACGAGAGUACUUCGUGGCCGACGAGGAGUGUCGGACUCUGUGCGAAGGGCCCUAUGACUACGAAGGGUACAACUAUCUGGACUACAACGCUGACCUCUUGCAAGCCAUCACAGAUCAUUACAUCCAGGUCCUGAACUGUAAGCAGAAUUGUGUCAUAGAGCUUGCCUCCCAUCCCAGUCGAGAGAAGCCCUUUGAAGACUUCCUCCCAUCCCACUUCAAUUAUCUGCAGUUUGCCUAUUACAACACCGGAAAUUACACCCAAGCCAUCGAAUGCGCCAAGACCUACCUGCUCUUCUUUCCCAACGAUGAGGUGAUGCAACAGAAUCUGGCCUACUACACAGCCGUGCUUGGAGAAGAGCAGGCUGGACCCAUUGAACCCCGGGAGAGUGCCCGGGCCUACAGAGAGCGCAGCCUGAUGGAGAAGGAGCUCCUUUUCUUCACCUACGACGCCUUUGGAAUCCCUUUCGUGGACCCGGACACGUGGACUCCAGAAGAGGUGAUCCCGAAGAGACUGCAAGAGAAACGGAAGGUAGAGCGGGAGACAGCCGAGCGAAUCUCCCAGGAAAUCGGGAACCUCAUGAAGGAGAUUGAGACACUCGUGGAGGAAAAGACGAAGGAGUCGGUGGACGUGAGCAUGCUGGUCCGAGAAGGUGGCCCUCUGUUGUACGAUGGGAUCGAAGUCGCUAUGAACUCGAAGUCGCUGAACGGAUCCCAGCGGGUGGUGAUGGAUGGAGUCAUCUCUGCCGAGGAAUGUCGGGAGCUGCAGAGGCUCACCAAUGCAGCCGCCACGGCCGGGGACGGCUAUCGGGGACGCACCUCCCCUCACACCCCCAGCGAGACGUUCUACGGGGUCACCGUCUUCAAAGCCCUCAAGCUGGGACAGGAGGGCAGGGUGCCCAUGCAGAGUGCCCGUCUGUACUACAACGUGACGGAGAAGGUGCGACGCGUCAUGGAGUCCUACUUCCGUCUGGACACCUCCCUCUACUUCUCCUACUCUCAUCUGGUGUGCCGCACAGCCAUCGAAGAAGCCCAAGCCGAGCGGACGGACAGCAGCCACCCGGUGCACGUGGACAACUGCAUCCUCAACGCCGAAGCCCUGGUGUGCGUGAAGGAGCCCCCGGCCUACACCUUCCGGGACUACAGUGCCAUCCUUUAUCUAAACGGGGACUUCGAUGGAGGAAACUUUUAUUUCACCGAACUGGAUGCCAAGACCGUGACGGCCGAGGUCCAGCCCCAGUGCGGACGGGCGGUGGGCUUCAGCUCCGGGGAGGAGAACCCCCACGGGGUGAAGGCCGUUACCAGGGGGCAACGCUGCGCCAUCGCCCUCUGGUUCACUUUGGACCCUCGACACAGCGAGCGGGACCGGGUGCAAGCCGACGACUUGGUGAAGAUGCUGUUCGGCCCAGACGCGGAGGAGGUGGAUCUGUCCCGGGAGGCGGCGGGCCAAGGCCAGCCAGCCCCGCCGGAACCUCUGGCCGGCCCCCGAGCCGGGGACAAGGACGAGUUGUGACGGCACCGGAGCGAGCGGUUCCCCACCUUCGCCCAGGGGAGGGACGGUGGUGCUGCCUCAGGACGCCCAGUCUGCCCCGCCAUCGCCCGGAGCCCUGCGAGGGACUCGCACCUGCUGCCGGGCCCCAGCCGGGUGGGACACCGCCUCCACGCCCCUCCAAUCCCACCCCCCGGCCACAUCUGCCAGCCCCAGUGGCACCGCCCCUCUUCCCGGGGGAGCCAGGUAGGACGAUCUCGCAGGCUCGGGGGCCGGGCCUCUUUAGGCGGGUCUGGGCCCGGCCUCUGGGACCUGGUGACAAGUCCAGGUGGAGCCAGACCCCAGGCCGGGGCAGUGGAGCCAGCGGCCUACCCACACUACAGAACGGUAUUGAAGUGCCUUAUGGAGACAGUCAAAGAAUAAAGAUUUUUUUCUUUUCUA